UUUAAUUACAUACAGCGAUGGCCUUGCGUGAAUGCUAGUUAUCUUUUUCGGAAAGGGUCGGGGUUGAGGGAGAUCUGCAUUAUUUUGAUUGGUUUCUCAGAGUGUUUCUCUAAAAUAUUUAACGGAAACAUUGCAGAUGGAGAAGUUGGUAGCUAGGUUAUUAAAUGUGAUAUGGGUUUUCGGCGUGGUGCUGGAGACCAAACCUGUCAUCAGAACACCUGAGUUUGGAAAUGUCUACCAUGUGAAAGGUGUGAUCUCCCUCCCCUAUGCUGAAAUUGAGGAGCCUUUUGAAGCCUGGUACAACCUAUCAGGUGCAGUGAGCCGGAUAGAUUACUACAAUGGCCAAGUCUCCACAUUUCAGUACGGGUUCCAGAAGCCUGCAGGGGCCAGCUACAAAAUCAGUCCUGAGACCACGGAGACAGAGGUCAAUGCCAUGAAGUGCUUCCAGGUCAAUGGAACCAAGGAAGAUCCUGUUCUACCUCAGGGUGUUGUCCCUAAGCUGGAGGGUUUCCAGCUUGUGAGAACGGAGUAUUUUAAGGGGCUCCUGUGUGAAGUGUGGCAGAAUGUGACUAUGGAGGGACACAAGAAGAACACCUACACCCUGUGGGUCUCCAACUCCUCAGAUGGGUCAGCUGUCCCACAGCACUACGAGAUGAUGGGCUACAAUACCCUGCUGGGUUCCCACUAUGACAAGUAUGAGGUGGACUACACUAAAUUUGAGCGCUGCCUUGACCCCCAGUCCUUUGCACUACCUGAGGGCAUGAAGUGUGAAUCAUUCCCAGGCCCUGGGGUGGAGCAUAGGAUUCUGGCCAAUCCCAUGCAAGAUCUCAUCCAUACCUGCCCCACAGGACACGCCCAACACUUGUUUGGCCACUUCAAGGAGCAAUUCCAACGGUGCUACAGUGAUGAUGAGGAGCAUGAGAAACGUGAACACACCUUUGUGCAAAAUCUCCGGUACAUUCACUCCAUGAACCGGGCAAACCUUUCCUACCGCCUGGCACAGAACCACCUAGCUGACCGGACUGCUGGCGAGCUGGCGGUGCUCAGGGGGAGGGCGGGCCGCAAGACGCCCAACAGGGGUCAGCCUUUCCCCACGGAAAUGUACGCUUCUGUCCAGGUCCCUGAGAGCAUUGACUGGAGGCUCUAUGGUGCUGUAACCCCUGUUAAGGAUCAGGCCAUCUGUGGGUCGUGCUGGAGCUUUGGUACCACUGGAACACUAGAGGGCGCUCUCUUCUUAAAGACGGGCUCCCUGGUGACUCUGUCCCAGCAGAUGCUGGUGGACUGCACUUGGGGCUUUGGAAACAAUGGUUGUGAUGGAGGGGAGGAGUGGAGAGCAUACGAGUGGAUGAUGAAGCAUGGAGGGAUCGCUACUGCUGAGUCCUAUGGGUCAUACAUGGGCAUGAAUGGGUUCUGCCAUUACAAUAACUCAGAGAUGACUGCCAGAAUCAAGAGCUACACAAAUGUCACCUCAGGUGAUGAGGAGGCCCUCAAACUGGCCAUCUUCAAAAACGGUCCAGUGGCGGUCAGCAUUGAUGCAUCGCACAAGUCCUUUCUCUUUUACAGCAACGGUGUUUAUUAUGAGCCCCAGUGUGGUAGCAAACUGGAAGACCUGGACCAUGCUGUGCUGGCCGUAGGCUAUGGAGUCCUGCAGGGAGAACCCUACUGGCUGGUGAAGAAUUCUUGGUCCACGUACUGGGGUAACGAUGGCUAUGUGUUGAUGUCCAUGAAGGACAACAACUGUGGAGUGGCUACUGAUGCCACAUAUGUCACCCUGGCUUGAGCAGGGGUUUCGACCCCAUAGCUGUGCCAUCAACCUCAAAAGCACGUUUUAGUAACUUGUGAGCUCUGAAGAGUUUUGGAAUUUUUUCUGCUCAAACAAUGUUGGAUAUAUUUCCUUUCCCCCUAAGGAUUUAAAAACGCAAGGCAUGAAGAACUUUCCACCUAAUACCGCAACCCUCUGUGCAGGUUGGAAGACAUUUUAAUUGUAGUGACCUGGCGAUUUGUAGAAGCAUGUAUCCCUGGAUACCUUUUGUCAGAGAUUAUGCUUAGGGUUUCCCUGCCAAGGUUCAUUUUAAAAGCUGGACUGCACAUUUCAUUUAAGAUCAGGAGCUGCAUCAUAGAAGGUGCUUUUCAUGAUAAUUUUUUUUUGUCUUCUCAUAGCUUUUUUUUUCUCUCAACAUUGUCACGGUGUCUGCAUCUUCUAGCAUAAGAAUGAGCACUUUGGAUAGACUAAAAGCAUAUCAAGUAGCCUUCCCUGUCUGUACUGAAAAUGUAAUAUGUGGUUUUGGGAUGCAUAAGGUGUUAAAGCUUUUGCAAGUUAUUUUUCUACUGGCAGGAAGCAAUGCCUGUGAAAGUAUUAGUACGGUACAGAAAUAAACCGGUAAGUUUUCAUAAGGAUGUGUAAAUGGCAAUAUUUGGCUUACAAACAAAAGCAUUAUUUUGGACUCAGGGCUUUAAAAUGCACCUUUAAAAACUGUUUAUUUGCCAAGUAUAAUUGUAGUUUUGAUUACACAGCUUGUGCACAGUAAAAAUAGUUUUUGUACAGACCUGUGCAAAACAACAUGGAAAUGGCCGGUAUUGGCUUGUUCUGAACAUUAAUACUUUUAAUGAUUUGGAGGUCAGCUUAAGUAGAAAAAUGGAUAAGGAAAUUAAUUUUAACACAAAGGCAUUAAGGACUGGAUACAAGCUCCCACUACAUGACCGAGUGUGAUUAUCAGGAGCCUGGAAGUUGGUUAAUGGUUAAUUGUACCACUACUUAAUUGGAUGCACAUUUAAAAAUAAAGUUGUUUUUUUUUGUAA